GUAUAUCGAUCCCAAAGUUCCUGUUGCCAGCGCCGCCAUAUUUCUCGACAGAAAGCAACGACGCCAACAGGUAUCACAAAGGUAACAAAGAAAAUCGUUCAAAACAUCUGUGACAUAUGACUUUUGUGUAGAACUUUCAAAUGUGUAUGUGCCUUCAAUCAAGACAAUGAGUACAGACACACGGACUGCUAAUUCUGGGAAGAAGAAAGGUGGUGGAUUUUUAUCGCGUCAGGCGAAAGCGAAAUCACAGACUGAAUGUGUGACAGAGGAAGAACUUUUGAAGAGGGACGUUGUGACGCCAGAUGAUGUAUUACGACUAAGUAAAACGACAGAGAAGUACCUGUGCCCACCUGAGGCCAAUGUUUAUGGAAUCGACUUUACCCGCUUCAAGCUGCGAGAUAUGGAGUCUGGCACAGUCCUGUUUGAAGUAGCUAAACCUCCCCCGCCUGAAGAUGGGGAAGAUGCUGACCUUGACCUUGAAGAUAGCGAUCCUAAUGCUGGGCGCUUUGUCAGAUACCAGUUUACACCACAGUUUCUCAAACUGAGGACAGUCGGAGCCACUGUGGAGUUUGUAGUUGGAGACAAACCAGUCAACAAGUUCCGCAUGAUUGAAAAGCACUACUUCAGAGAGAAGAUGCUCAAAUGUUUUGACUUUGAGUUUGGAUUCUGCAUCCCCCACAGCCGGAACACAGUGGAGCAUAUAUAUGAAUUCCCACUUCUCAACCAAGAAGAAAUCCAAGACAUGAUCGACCACCCUUAUGAGACCCGCUCUGACAGUUUCUACUUCGUGGAAGAGAAGCUGAUCAUGCACAAUAAAGCGGACUACGCCUACAAUGGUGGUGCCUAGUGGGGCACAUCUCAUCACAUCUCUAUUAACUGACAGUCUGGACUAGUUCUUUUGAUGGGACAGACUCAACCCUUCCUUAUUCUACAGGGAAAGUCUGCAGGAGCUGUAACCUAUCUGACAACUAAGGAUACAUGUAUAAACCUGUAUAUUGGUCACAAUAAUGUCUUGUUAAAAGGAACUGAAAUAUUUUAAGCCUGAUUUGUUCUUUAAUUAAAAGUUCUAACUUUCGCUUUGAUUGAAAUUCAAACAUGACCUAUCUCGGUUGUAGUUGUGUUGUUAUCGUGACACAGAUUGGUUUUUAUGUUACUUUGGCAUGUCAAACAGGAUUCAGUUUAGUAAUGUUUUUAUACACAUUAUAAACUAUGACAAAAAUAGUUUAAGCUGUUGUAGUUCAGGGGUGGAUAUAACUUUAAAAUUGCUAGUGUACUCCGGUACAGUGGCACAUGUAAAAUCACUUGCCCUGAUAAUUUUUCCACUAUAAAAUAAACAACAUAAUUAACGUUGGAAAGCCAACUUGACACAGGUACAGCGUGAUAUACAAAUUUGCUUGCCCGGCAGGCAAAAACACUGGACUGGGACGUCGGGCAAUGGGUUAUUUCCACCCCUGUAGUUUGUGAUCACAGCAUACUAUUACAGAAAUCCUACCUCGUGCUUAACAUGGAGUAAAGUUUUUCAUGCAGAAACAAAUAGCAAUAUUCAUACCAAAGUUUGAGUGAACAUCUUUUGUCUUUACUUGUUGGUGUUAAGCUAGAUGUAUAUUCUACUCUACACAGAGAAUGAAUAUGAUCAUGAUGAUCUUUACGAUGAUGAAUAUUGUAAAAAUCACAUGUACACAUAAAGGGAUAACAUUUUAUGAAUGGAAUCACCUGCUCAAAUUAUCAUUUACAUGGAAAAAUGUACUGAAAAUAAUCUCAGCCUUGGCUCUUAAUUCUUGCUAUCAAAGAGUAAUUUUAUUUCAUGCAUUAAUCUUAGUCCAGACUUUUAGUUUUGUUUGGUUUACAGAUUUUCACCCCCAAAUUCAGGUUGACAGCAUACUGCGGGUCAGAAAAUCGAUAAACUAGGCCCUGGUUUAGUAUCCACAUGCCUUACUAUAUAAUAUGUAAAGGUUCAUCACAGAAAUACGGUGACAUGAUCGAAAACCGGACAAUUAUGAACACGUCAAUGAAUAUAUCGUAUUUUAAAGGUCUCACAAGUUUCAAAAGCUUUUGUCCAUAUCUCUGAUGUGUGUAGGGGGCAUUUAAAUGCGCUUUCCGUGGGGAUGCAUUUGAUGGUUUUUAUCAAAUCGCCAAAGACCGAGUAAGGGGUGUGGAUACUAAACCGGGGCCUAGUUUAUCUAUGGUUGACAGGUAGAAAAAUAUAUACAAAUGGUGUAUUUUUCUUUUUUGGCAAUUUGUCAUUAUUACUUUUGUUUGGAAGUUUUUAUGAUAAAUUGUCAACAGGUUCUAAUUAAAGUAUUUUAAAUCAUUUAUUUUUUAUUGAUAGGGACAGUGAGAUUUUUGAGAUUGUAUUCAUUUCUUGUUGAUGGAAUAAUAAGCCCAUUGCUCUUCUUUUCUUUUAACACUUCUGUGAUUUCUAAUUCAGGUUUUACAAAAAAAGGUUUGGCCGUGUAUGUCUCACAAUCCUUGUGACAGCUGUUCUCUGAUCUCAUCUAAAACCAUCCCUGUACACAUUUAUAGAUUCCAGUUGUUUUACAUGUAUUCUAGCAACGGACAUCCGUUAUUUAAUUCCGUUGAUCUGAACAAAUGUGAAAUGUUCGCUGGAUAAUUUAAUUCCUUGUUUAAUGUGGAUAUUUUCACCAGUGGUUGGGGAUAUAAUAGAAUUUAUUUUGUGACGGUAUUUUCGAGUGACAGUAGUCUCAGAAUGUGAGUAUUUAUUGGCACAUUGUUGUAUAUUUCUGAUUGCAUGCAUUAUAUUUAUGUUUGCUGUCCUUUGUCUCAGUAUUACUGUCUCCACACACGGCCUUGUCACAGAUCUCUCCUUGCUUGCAAACCAUAAGUUGCUGACAGGUCUCGAGGUUACGAAAACCCAUGUUCUCUGAGGGGCUUGGGGACAACUAAUGUAUCUUACCACACACUGAAUGGAUGUAGGUCUCGCAUUCAUACUGUGGUCGGAAUCUGUAAGAAUACCACAGACUUUUAAUCUGUUCAUUAGCAGAUGGCAGAAAACUAACUUAUACCCACUAGAUCUAUUUCAUUUUGAAAAUUUUGCAAAUGUCCUGAGAAUGACGUCUUUGACCAUUAAAUGGAGAUGUAAAACUGGUUGCAUGUAGGUAUUGUAAUGCAUUAGCUAUUACAUUUUGGUCAUUUGAUUGAGAAACAUAAAAAUGAACCUUACCGGUUAAUGAUAGGGAAAAUAACAAAAUAGUUUGAAAGCCCUUGAAUUUGGAGAAAACUUUCAUGUUCUUGUUGAUAAAAGUAUUAAAAUUCAUGACAGAUUUAGUUUGCCUUAUUUGAUAGUUUUUAAAAUAACUUGUCAGAAAACUUGUGAUGUCCAUACAAUUUCCAAGGAUUUCAGACAAAUAUUAUAGUAAACAGGAUUUUAAACAAGAUGGACAGACUAAGGCUAAUAACCCAAGGAAAAAAGCCUUGAUACGACAGUGAUGAAAAGGCCUUGAAUUUUAGUAUUCCCUGUCAUCUGACUCUUUUACUUACAUCACUGUGUGGGUCAUGGUUUCUGACCUUGGAAAACACUUACAUCUGUGUCGUGACUGGUUUCAAGGCCAGAGGUGAGGUUUGCGACAUGCCUCCAAUGCGUUCACAUUCCAUUCCUGUCAGGGUUUGUUUUGUGUGUCCUAGUUUAUUCUUCUCACUCAUUGCUAGUCCGAAACGAUUCACAAUACGAUACAUAUCACAAUGAUAUAUUCAAAAUACUAUCCAUAUCAUGAUCAGGGGUCUGUAUUCCCAUUUGCUUAAGUGCAGGUAAACAAAAAGUACUUCUCCUGGGUUACAUUUGUGUUGUUUUGUGAUGUAAUGACACCGUAGUGAUCUGCGCUAUGACUAUCACAAGUCUAAGUAUUCGAUUUCCGAUCUUCUCACCGCUACAAACAGUUUGUGAAACGGGAACCAGAAUAUAGUGUAUAGACCAGUAAAUGCAUAGGUUGAACUAUUGUGAAAUCAUAAUGCAUAUGUGAAUAGACCAGUAAAUGCAUAGGUUGAACUAUUGUGAAAUCAUCAUGCAUAUGUGAAUCGUUUCCACAUAAUUACGUUGUCACUUGUAUUCCCUUAGAAGAUGCAAAUCUGAAAUCCUCAAUUUCUUUUCCAUUUAUCUGAUGUGUUUAUUUUUUAUUGUAUUGUAUUGAAAUGAUUCCAGGAAUUAGAAAUAAUCAGUUCAGAAUUCGGUUUCAUUGUUCUGUGCUGGUGAAUGUAUUCAGCUGUGCCUGUACUAAAUACAACUGUCAUGAAAUACACACUCCGACGUGGGAGAAUCCGGAUAAAAUAUAUGUUUAAACUGUCAUCUUGUAAGUAGUGGUCAAAUGAAAUCAUUGAAUGAUUUGUCAUUCAGUUGAUAUGUUGUUAUUUGGAUAUUCACUAUAUGUACUUGCGUGCAGUAGUUGUCUCCCCUUGAUUUCUGUCCAGUUUGAUGAAAGAGUAAGCGACAGUGCAUGCCACCAUCUUGUUACAAGGAUCCCAGGCUGUGAGACAAUCGUCAACCAUUUCCAACAUCUUUCUCAGGAGUGUACAAAGACAUAGGACGCCACGAUGAUACAUGCGUUCUUAAUUUCUUACAUAACACGAUAUGGCUGAAAUAUGCCGAUUUGACUUAAGUCUUAACUCACUCUAUUGGCAUAACAAUUUUGAAUAGAGAGAACAAUAUCCAUUCUUUUGAUCUCUUGUAGGAAUGUCUUUUAAGUUUGAGUUAUUGAACAUUAAAAAUCCUAUCUACGUAUCAGCACUGGUUAUUUCUGUGUGGACACAUGGAUUUUCUCACCAAGGUUCAAGUUUCUGGCGUGUCUGAUAUUACUUCUAGGAUAACACGAGGUUCUGAACUUACUCAAGUAAUGAUUAUCAUCCUUACGGUUAUUAAUGUUAAAUGCCACAUCAGCGAAAAAGUGCAUAAUACUGCAACUGAAAGUUCACAGUGCUUGGUUAGAAUCGUCUCGCACAGUUCAUAGGUGCUUUUAAGUUUGCUCAAAUACAAGGUGCAAUGAGUGUUUUAAAAUCAAAACUGGACGUCGAUUGGAAAGAUUUCAAAUUCAGUAUAUAAUAGUGUCACAGGAACAGUGCCAAGAUUUGAUGAAGUCAACUGUUUUUCAUCUGAUUAUUGAGAAAUAUUAAGUUUGAAUCUACUAAAUAUUUUUAUCAAGUUGAGGUCAUACAAAGUACGACUAUAGACUGAGAUACUUGCUUUUGUUGAUGAGUUUGUUGUAGUAGGUUUAUGUUGUGGAAAAUGCUGUUCAGUUAUCCUUUCUUACCUAGAGAUGUUGCUGUGCCAUGCUUGUUAGACUGAAGUUGUUUCACACUGUUCAGGGACUUGCCAUCUAUUACAGGGGAGGUGGUGAGCUAGCCUAGUGGUUAAAGCAUUUGCUUGUCAUGCCAAAGACCCGGGUUUGAUUCCCGACAUGGGUACAGUGUGUAAAGUCCAUUUCUGAUAUUGCUUGAAUAUUGCUAAAACUGGGGUAAAAUGAAUACACUCACUCACUUGUCUAUUACAGGGUUGAUGGGUUAAGGUUUUUAUGCACUAAUGUAUUGAAAAUAAUGACUGACCCCCCUCAAAUAUGUGUCAAAUUUUUGGAUGACUCUCCACAUGUCGAUGUAUAUUUCUUCAUCACCCUGCCUGAGAAGAUAAUGCAAAAGCAUUUUAUUUUAUUCAUAACCCUUCCAAAAUAUGUGUAUAUUUGUUCAUGACCCUGAGAAAGAAUCAUGUAUUUGGCGAUUUCCUCUGAACCAUCCUCUAUAAUACAUGACAAGUCCCUGAACCAGAAAUAAAAGUUCUAGUACUUGAUCAUUGUAACUUUAGUUUCAGAAUUAUUGUACAGCUUGAUUUUAGUUUCACUCAAGAUGUGAAUGACAAAUUGUGCCUUUAUCCUACACACAAAGCAAUGGUUGCUCUAGUGGGGAAUUGUUUAAUAGGAAUACACGUUUCGUGCAUAUAUGAGAAGCCUGUUGAAAUGGAGAACUGCAUGAUAGUGGACAUGUUGUGCACAACACGAAACAUUUGUUCUGGAAAUCAAUGUGUUAAUCCUAAGUUAUUAAAUCUCCUGUUCAGGCAUGUAAGGGUUUAAUAUUGCUGAUGAUUAGAAAUGACAGAAAAUGUUUCAGAUAGGUUUCAGAGCUAUAGACCAAUGGAUAAUUUUGUGUCCAGAAAGGCAAUCAAAUCAAACUGAACUUGUUGACAACAGUUGGUAUUUCAAACAUGAGUAUGUUUCAGACCUGCUGUUAUUGAAGUGAAUUACCUAGACCUGUUAUUGCUGAGCAUUGUGUUGUCGUGUUUGUUGCCAUGUGGCAGACAAGACAAUUCCUCCUCAUGUUUGAAGAUGCUGAGUCAAAUAUAUUCCUUUAUGUUUCUAGGAAUUUAUGAAUUGCCACUGGACCACGGUUAUCAAAUACUAAGCCCAUGUUUCCUGACAAUGACAGUACAGUAUGAGUUACUUAAUUCAAUAACCAUUUUGUGAGUGGAGUGCAGGUGCUUUUCUUUCAUUUUGUCUGAAAGUGGUAAUUUUGACAACAUCCAGGAAGCGUAAAACUUAGCACCAAAGACGUAGUACACAUUGCAGUACAGUGUGGACAAGCAGGUUCUGUCAGGACAGAUUCACUGGAUUCUUGCUCAGCAGCUGUUCCAGUACUUCAUCCCCUUACAAUUGGGGUCAGGUGGACACAAUGUGGCACAUAUGGACAGUAUGGGUACCUGACUGGGAAAACCUGUAUUCAGUGGAGAUGCUGACUUCACGGCCCAUCCAUCAUCUUGAGAUGCUGCAGCUCCAGGAUCAGUGUGAAACUAAAACGUUGGCUGUCAUGGGUAACCAGUUAAUGAUGGAUAGCAGCUCACUCAAAUACAGAUAUCAUUUUGUCCUAGACAUUCAUCACAAGGACUUUGAUCACCUGGUGGUCAAAAGGGCAGGAUAACUUCACAAGGUCAAUGUUAGGUUUGCCCAGAUCAGUUUUGUCAUCAAACCCAUGGGUUUGCCCAAGUGUUGAAUUUAAAUGGCCAGCAUCACUUUGGGAUUAGGACCCACAUUGAUCUAGUAUGCCAUGAAUGGGCACAAUUGCUACUCAGACCUGACCUGGUUGUCUCUCAUCAUCAUUAGAACCAUGAAGCCCAUUUCUGGUGUCCCCCACCGUGAUAUUGCUGGAAUAUUGCUAAAAGCUAAAAAUAAACUCACUUACUCAUGUGAACCAAACAUGUUUCAGUUACUUCAUUCCUUGACCAGGUUUGUUGGGUAGAGUAUUGAUUAGGGUGUUUGCCUUGCACACAGAUGAUCCAUCCCUGGAUGUGUUCCACCUUUGUAAAACCGCCAUGUUGCUGAAAGCGGCUUGCAACUUGCACAAAGCACUGUCCUUGUCCUCAGUGUCCUAGACUAUCUGACCGGUCGUUGAUCAGUUCACCUCGUUCCAAAAUACUGAAGCUAUGACUAUCAAUUUCUAUUCGAUUCUUCAUGAGUGUUCAUGCUUCUAAAGCUUAUAUGAUGUUUUGGAACAUGGCCUGGAUCAUACCAAUCUCACCAAAUUCAGACUGUUUGCAUCGAAAUGAAACCUGGGUCCAGAUCAAAGAACACCUGUAAUAAAUUGCCGCAGAUUGACCCUGAGGAACUUGGAAUACCCAAUCAAAAUACAGGAUGUAUAGAUGCCACUGUGCUUGCUCAUGGAUAAAAUAUCUCUACAAUAUGGGAUUAUUUUAUUAACAUUCUUAUUUUCUCGAUUCUGUGGAGACUUAUGGGUCUGUCCUCAGAUCUUUACAGAUGUGGGGCGUGAGGUAGCCUAGUGCUUAAAGCAUUUGCUAAUCACGCCGAAGACCCAGGUUUGAUAACCAACAUGUGGAGAAUGUGUGAAGCCCAUUUCUGGAGUCCCCUGCCAUAAUAUUGGUGGAAUUUUGCUAAAAGCGGCAUAAAACUAAAAUCACUCUCACUCACACAGCUGUAUCAUGUUGAAAACUGACAAUUAUAACUCAAUACUGAAGUGUCUUUCUAGGCUAAGACUGCUUUAGGUAACAUGGCCCUGACUUGGAGGUUUGGAUAAUUCAGGAUAUAUUUACAAAGGGUAUUUAGUUUUAAGCCUCAAUGAAAAAGCUUUACACAUGAAUUGGUACACACUUUUAACUUGGAUAUGAAGUAACCAGGCUCAAGCCAUUUGUAUGCACCAUCGUAUUACAGUCGUCCGUCCAUCGCACACCUGCACUGGCCACUGACCCACUGCACAAGGAAGGAUAGCCAUCUGAAGUUUCAUCCCCUCUCGUCUUGCUCUACUGGUCAGCAAGAUGACCUUUCUACCAGUGACUAUGUUAUAUAUCUCCAGAUACGCUGGUCAAGUGAAAGUCUUGUUGCAGGAUCGUAAGAUUGGUAGUUAAUCAUGUAGAAAAGUUUGUGUAGAUACAUUGUUGUUUUGCACGUUUGUGUUGUUUAAUUCAAACUAUAUACUGGUCACACACUGGACACUACCUGUCUGGGAAGCUUUAUUUGUAUAGUAAUUUACUUACCUUGUUAGUGCUGGGUGCUCAAGUAAUUGAUUUCUGGGGAGUUAACAAGUUUUGGGGGGUGGGGCAAAAUGUAUAGUUAUGUACACAUUUUGUUUCAUGAUGCUUAUAAAGUAACAGCCCAUUUCAUUGUUUUUGGAUUCAUAAAGCAGAUAUUGAUAUUUUUCUACAAUAUAUUUAAGUCACAAAUUAUUAGUUAACAUUCCAUGGAUAGGGUCUUACAAGGGUUAACAGGAGAUUGUGCUGUGGUUAAUAGCACGACACUUAAUCAAAAUGAUUUAUGUAAGGGGAGUUUAGGAAUGUGUUGAAGAUUUUCAUUGACAGAAAAGAAAUAUUAUUCUGGAGUGUAUGUUGAAUGCACUCUGUAGACGAUGCUUACGUUCGAGUUGUUCUGACAUGCUGUUCUGUAGAGUCCAGUGAGCAGUGUGUGAAUUGUGUUUUCCAUUGAUUUUAUCAGAUGUGUAUACCUUUGAAGUAUCUUGUGGUCAAUAUUAUUUAACAUUACUUACAGUGUUUUGUAUUGUGAUUUUAAUAUGAUUUUAUCUUUUAUUUUAUCAAUGUUGAUUUGUUCAUAAUGUAAUGCCACACAUGUAGACUUUCCUCUCCACAUGGAGUGACACCUGCGGAAUCGUCUACCACAUGAUUGGAUCUCAAAGAAUCAUAUUUCGGUAAGGGUUCCCAAGGACUAAUACUGAAGUUUCUAGAUUUGGGUGGUUGUUUGGAGGUUGCGAGACUUGUGAUGUGGUAGAUGGUUCUGGUGGGUGUGAUUGUUCCAUACUGUACAUUGUCGAACAUAUCUGUCAUCAUUGUCAUGUUAUAUUGCAGCUUUAUUUGCAAUUAAAUAUGAGAAUUCUCAA